AUGGUCACGUAUUCAUAGUGAAUAGAGUACAUUCAUCAUUUUCGUAAUUCUUAAUCGUGCGUUUAUUGUGCUUUCGAGGUUUGCGUUGUGACUUGUGGGUGCUAAAAUUUAAUUAUAUCGCCCCUGUAGUAUCCAGUAGAUAAGUUAUUUUACGACAAUAAUGGCGGACCCAAACCCCCAAGCCGGUGACACAGGCCCACCAAAGGGAAUACCUGCUUUGAAAGCUCAUGUUAUAGAAAAUAAAAUAUAUGUGGCACUAUGGGGAACGCGUAUUUUGACAAUUUUGUUCACAUUUGGAUAUGUCAUUCCUAUAUUUACAAACUCAACAUCAGCGUUCUACAAGGCGUUAUUAGCCAAUGCAGCAACGUCAGCGUUGAGACUGCACCAGCGGAUUCCACCUUCGGAGAUAAGAUUCUCGCAGGAGUUCCUCAACAGGUUCUUCUUGGAAGACAGCGCUCAUUAUCUCUUCUAUUCGCUGAUAUUCAUGAACGUUGCGCCGAACUUAUUAAUUUUGACGCCAAUUUUCUUGUUCGCUAUGCUGCACGCCGCCUCGUAUUCACUCACUAUAUUGGAUACUUUGGGCCAAAAUUCCAUGUGGGUGGCUCGGCUGCUCAUUUCUUUAGUGGAAUUACAAUCGCGUAACAUUUUACGUGCGGCUGCUUUGGCGGAAAUCUCUCUAUUCCCACUGGUGGCCAUCAUGGCACUUUUCGGUUACAGCGGUCUGCUAACACCCUUCAUGUACUAUUACUUCGUGUUAUGGAGGUAUGCCUCCCGUCGAAACCCUUACACCCGUAACACAUUCAGAGAGUUACGUUCAGUGGCCGAGAGGGUGGCCAACAAGGAAAGUCUACCUUCACCACUGAAGUCUGGAUUGCACUCCGCUAUCAGAGUUGUGUGUAUGAUGGCGCCUAGGGUUGAAGUUCAGGAGUGAGGUAAACGAAGACUACAUCAUUCAUCAGUAUAUUUAAUUUUGUUUAUACCUGUUCUACCAUAAUAAACUGUGCUCGAGUCUGCUAUUAUUGUCACUUUGGAAACGUCAUUUUGACGUUAUAAAACUGUCAUGUGUCCUAAUUAAUGAUACUUCACAAUUACUAGGAAAUACUUGGUGCAUUUUUAAUUAUUUUCUUGGGACUGGGACAAGUCAUAAACAUAAAAUAUAUAUAAGUUUGUAUUAAUAGUUGACUGCAUUAUUUUAUUCGCCACGACACGCUACGCAACGCUCUUGUAUGAAUAAAUACAGAUUAAUCCAUUGUAGCAGACUUUGAGUGUCCACUAAGCUUAGCACACACAAGAGAAUCUUAUCAUUUUCAUGCACUAAUACGGGUUUUUAGGUUCUAAUGCUUUUUGCGUUGACCUUGUGUGCUAAAAUGCCUUACAAAUUUCAAUUCUUACCGUUUUCCGCCAAAAUAUUUCUUAAUGUGGGUAAUUUAAGGGUUUAUGUUGUAUUCAAGUACAUUAGACAUGUAUGUUUGUAUGUUUAUACGGUUUUGAAUGUAUCGUGUGGGUGAAUACAGCUGAUUGGUGUCUCACGCUCUCUGACCUGUCAACGUCACUCCUGUCAGAUUGAGAACAUCUUUGACAGCGCAAAGUAAAUUUAAACGUAUUUAAUUAUCAUGAAUUGGUAUUUAUGUGAUUUCUACUAUUAUAAUGAUAUCACAAAUGGCGAGUACACGGCCAAAGUUGAUAAUUUUGAUGUCAUUAACAGCUGAAGUAAGGAAGUUAUUAUCAAAUGUCACUGUUUGACGGAUGACACCUGACAGCUGACAGCUGACACCUUCAUACCAAUCACGUGUCUAACCCAGAACGGUUUAAUGUAAGAUUAAAUAUUUUUUUAAGGAUUAAUAUACGAACAAAUUUGGUCCAAUGUAUUUCAAAUUAGAAAAUUGUAGGAUAAUUAAGUUCACAUUAAAAUUUUUUCUAAAUGAAUGUGUCAAACAAAUAAAUAUAUAAAAACCACUUAUCGGUGUCACAAUUAUUAAUUCCCUUGGCAUUUAUGUACUUUCAACGAAUUUUUGUGAAUAAUUACACUUUUGUAUGAAUAUUAAAUGCACUUGGUUUUGGGAUGGAUGUAGUAUGGAUUUUUAAAUAAAUGUUUAAGAAAUAUA